CUGCAAAACCCUAGUACAGUAUAUGCAGAACAUCUUAUUUGCACGGUGCAUCCACAUCUCCGGAAACGAUUUCCGGGUCGUGGUUUAAGCUUCGUGACGCACAGUGCGGUACUGGGGCACGCAAAGGAAUCAGCCUUUGACAAUUGUUGAAGCACUUCUCGACAUUGUGACGAGACAGCGCCGGUUCUUCGAGGAUUUUCGCGCUGGAACAAUAUCUCUUCAGGGUGUGAGUAGUCAUGGAUCCCUUUGGAGCACCUCCUUCUUCACUGUCAGGAACUCAAGCCUCAAACGAGCAUAUGAUGGGCCAGCUAAAACAGCAACUUGCGCAAGCCUAUGCCGAGGAGUUUUUUUCGACUGUCCGAGACAAAUGCUUCACAAAAUGUGUACCAAAGCCCAGUACCAGUCUGAGUGGGAGCGAGAGUAGCUGUAUCACCAAAUGUGUCGAACGUUACAUCGAGGCCACAGGUAUCGUGAGCCGAGCUGUCUUCACUGCCCUUCCGCGAUAGAUUAUAGACCCCCACCUGAUAUUUGUGUGGGGGAUGGAUUUAUAAGCAUUCAAUUUACCUCCCAUACCUUGGUUGCACCGAUGUUGAGUUGCAACAUUUCUCAAAGCCCGUAUGCAGAAUACGAGAACGUAGAGUAUAUAGCUCAAUACGCGUCUUUCGAUGGGUUCAAAUGACAUUUUUACAGAAAAAAAAACCGUGCAAAUUUUUUUUAUUCCGUUCAUUUGAAGUGAGCCAUAAGGGUGUGUAACCAACAUUCAAUAUUUUCCUCCAAGAGUGCCUAAGCUUACCUUCUCCUACAAAUAUGACUG